AUGAAGGAAAAGCUACCUUCUGUACGCACAUCUUAUGACAAGCCUCAACAUUACCAGCGUAAAUAUUGCCUGGUAUGUUUGACUGGGCUGAUCGGUUGCCGAUGGCAUCGCUACCAACAGUCGAUGAGAGACAACCGAAAGCGGGAUCUUGUAGUCUUCACUAUAAUUGUGUUGUGUUUUCUGCACAUGGUUGUAUUUUUCUACUUCUGGUUGGUUAGCAGAAACAGCAUUUACCAGAUUGGCAUAUAUAUGUACCCGUAUACGAAAAGCUAUUUCCCCUGGUGUGAUGUAGGCCUGGCUGUUUCUGCUGUCAUGCUUGCGUAUUUCACAGGAAUAGUGAUUCUGUGCUUGUUCCAUGUAAAAGUUGGUCAUCAGCUAUAUCUACAUCCAUGCCACCUGUUGACUGCUUUCCUUUUGGAGGUGGUCUGUAUCAUCAUCACCAUUCUUGUGCAUAUUUAUUGGCCACAAACAUGGCCGUUGACCUAUUUGUCACUACGGGUAUACAGUCCAUUCCUGCAGGUGGUGGCAGUACUUGUUGUCACUGCCUUGGCCUGGCUGAUUGUUCGCCAGUGGAUCAGGCUUACAUUUGUUUACAAAAUGGCCUGGUUGCCGAUCCUCUUGGUUGUUUUUGUGGCGUUGUGUAUAGUUCCAUUCUGGAUGAGUUCCCCUGUCAUCAGUUCUACAAUACCAGAGAAGCCAGGAAUUAUUGCAAUGGCAGGUGCCUCCAGUGUGGCUCCAGAAAACACUCUGUAUGCCUUCAGGAAAGCUCUGGAUUUGGGAGUUACACGAAUACAGACAACCGUUCAGAUAAGCUUUGAUGGUAUUCCGUUUGUCUUUCAUGACAACACUCUUGUGCGUACAACAGACUUUGAGGAGAUCAAGAACGACAAUAUCAGUGAGAUCCCCAUGAGAAAUACGAUGUCUGAGCUGAAGAUGUUCAGUGCUGGCUCCUGGUUUCUUCAACAUGAUCCUUGGGGGUCAGUGUGGAGUCUAAGUGAAAAUGAGACUGCAGAAAUCAGUGCAGAAAAGAUUCCAACCUUGUCUGAGCUGUUGGAUUUUGGAGCAGACUACGAGUCCCUGGAGCUUUACCUGAUCAUCCAGCCAUUGCCAUCUUGGCAUCCCUACUGCUGUGAUCCGGGCAGCCUCAUUGAUCAUGUCAUUUCAGAAUCAGAAGUUUGGGUCAACAGAUCCAGUAAUAACAUCACAACCAUCGUCACUGAUGUGAACAGCCAUUGGCUGCUGUCCAUCUUGUGGUGUGCUGGAGUUGAUUUUGUGGCUACACGGCACAUAGAAGAUCUUCAAGAUGUAGCCAGUCCUCUCUUACACCUGAAUGUUGUCAGCUAUACUGCCUUGUGGGUCACAGUUGAUGUGCUCUCAAUUAUCAUCAUCAUUAUUAUCUGUGUGGUUCACAGAAUUAAGAUUUAUGGCACUAACUUCAGCCCAGAAUCGAUAUCUCUGAACACUGGUUGCACGAUAGCUUCCUACAGAUCACGCACAAUGAAGGAAAAACUGCUCAGAGACUGCGCUGCUGUUGAUUCGAUGGAUGAACUAGAGGCUAGAGACAAUGACGGCAUGGAGAACAGACCAGCCUACUCCAUGUUGUCAGGGCAUCACACCUAUUCUCUGUCUUCGUUGAUAGGAAGUCGGGUCGUUACAAAUGCCGGUCGGAACAUGAAUGUAGUCAGCAGUCUAGCGCCGGACCAGUCAGAGCCUUCUGUUGCCUUGUCUAUCAACAACAGGUACAGUGUUUAA